UCUCUCAUUGAUCUUGAUCAUGAUCAUGACAUUGCUCUUCUCCUUUGUGUCAUGUAACUUGAGCAACUUGCAAGAGGUGGUCCCACUUAAUCAUCAUUAUCUUGUUGAGGACACUACAGCUCAUGAGAGUGGUGAUGAUCAUGAUCAUUUCCAAGCUGCUUAUCCUUCAUACUUCAACAUGUUUGAAGAUGGAAAAUUCAAGGGCUUGAUCAAGGAGACGACCGAUGUUCUCACUCUGGAGAGUGUUGAUUUAACUCCGACUUCUUCUGUUAAGAAGGUGAAUGUCAAGAAAUAUGGAGCCAAAGGUGAUGGAUCUAAUGAUGAUACAGAGGCAUUUGAAAAGGCUUGGAAGGCAGCUUGUUCCUCUAAAAAAGGGGCUGUCAUGGUGGUGCCUGAGGACCAUAACUAUCUUCUAAAGCCGAUAAGAUUUUCGGGUCCUUGUGAAUCCAAAAUUACUUUGCAGAUUCUGGGAACCUUAGAAGCUUCUGAUGAUCGAUCCGACUAUGAGGAAGACGAAAGACAAUGGCUUAUGUUUGAUGGAGUUGACAAUUUAGUAGUGUCUGGUGGUGGAACCAUCAAUGGAAAUGGAAAGAUAUGGUGGAAAAACUCGUGCAAAAUCAAUGAAGAUUUGCCUUGCAAGGGUGCACCAACGGCAAUCACCUUCUACGAGUGCAAGAAUUUGGUAGUUAAGGACUUGAACAUCCGAGAUGCACAACAGAUGCACACGUCUUUCGAGAAAUGCGUCAACGUUCAAGCUUACAAUCUCUCAGUAACUGCACCAGAGAAAAGCCCAAACACUGAUGGGAUCCAUGUAACAAAUACUCAGAACAUGCAGAUUUCAGAUUGUGUCAUCGGAACAGGUGAUGACUGCAUUUCAAUUGUAAGCGGGUCGAAAAAUGUGCAAGUCACGGAUAUAACCUGUGGACCUGGCCACGGAAUCAGUAUUGGAAGCUUGGGAGCAAGGAAUUCUGAAGCUUAUGUUUCAGGUGUGACAGUCAAAAGAGCUAAGCUUACUGGCACUACAAAUGGAGUCAGGAUCAAGACAUGGCAGGGAGGGUCAGGAUAUGCAUCCAACAUAACAUUUGCCAACAUAGAGAUGAAAGAUGUGUACAAUCCCAUUAUUAUAAAUCAAAACUAUUGUGACCAAGAUGAACCAUGCAAACAACAGCGCAAGGCAGUUCAAGUGAAAAAUGUGCUCUACAAGAACAUUAAGGGGACAAGCGCUUCAUCCAUGGCAGUAAAGUUCGACUGCAGCAAAGCCUUCCCAUGUCAAGGGGUGACUCUGCAAGAUAUUGAUCUGACACUUGAAGGAGAAGAAGAGGAAAAGGAAGCUAAAGCUGAGUGCAACAAUGUUGAGGUUUCGAAUAUUGGAACAGUGUCCCCACAAUGUGAUUGAGAAGGAAGGGAAAAUUAUGAUUCUUGCCUUGAUGCAAGAACAAGAAUGUAUGCAUAUACCAAUAGUUAUAGCACAUUGAAUUAUAGCUAGUCUGACUCUGGUAUAUGGUCAUCACCAAAAUAUGACAUACAUAAACUACUAUUAUUUCUUAAUCAAAUGAUAAAAUUGGGGUUAGUAGAAGAAA